UAGUAGUAGUAGCACUGUAGUACUAUCCGUACAUGGACUUUAUUAUCCGGAUACGCCGCCAUGAAGGACAUGGACGAUGGCAGCAGCAGCAGCUCGUCGUUCGACAGCGACGACGAGGGAGACGUGGGGGAGGAGUCGGUCGAAAGCUCUGACAAGCACAAACUCGUCAUGGAAGCAGUGUGCAAGAGCUGUGAAAACCCCUACGACUACAACCUUCACCUCAGUGCGCUCAGUGCGUUGUCGGGCGAUCGUGUGUAUGCGUCGCAGCUGGAGCAACAGUUUGAGCGCUUCCACGAGGCCUUCCCACUGUCGUUGGAGCUGUGGCUGCAGUACAUCGAGCUGAACCCGGAGAAGCUGCCCGAGGCGUUCCAAGACUACCUAUUGCCGGCCUUGUACUACAAAUACGUCGACGAUUUGGACGACGACGAUGCAAAGGACGCGGAAGUAAGGUGGUCAGUCGUGCUUCGUGCGUUGGGCUCCCACUGGACCGAGUGCGAGAACGUGUACCACUUGUACCGGGCCUUCCUCACGGACUCCAUCGACGACGCCGCGACGCUGAACGCCCGCGUCAGGUCCAGCUACCAAGGGCAAUUGUUGAAUCCGUACUUUGAAGGCAGCGACCGCGUGCUGUCCGAGUACCGCGCAUGGAGUCAGUACCAACCGAACCCUGCCGACUUUACCGGCGAACAGGACUCCAUCCAACGUCGCAUCCACUCUGCCAGCCCCCUUCUGGCCAAGAUGCAGACCUUUGAACGCAACCUGGACAAGGCAGACGCGGCAGAUGUCAGCGCACUUCAGACAUUGUGGCUCGAGUACGCCAACUUUGUCGUGUCCCGCGUGAGUACAUUGGGAUGCGGUGUUGUGGUCUCGGUGCUGGAGCGCAGUGUGGCGGCCGUGUGCUUGAGUGGCGAGCUGUGGGGGCGGUACCUGACGUUUCUGCAAGACAAGCGCAUGAAGUGUUUGGACGUGGCCAAGCGAGCCGUGCGCAACGUGCCGUUCGAGUCGGCGCCGUGGGUGGCGUUGUUCGUGUCGAUGGAGAUGGAGGGGUCGACUUCUGCCGAGGCCAUUCAUCAAGUGGGCGCCGACUUGUGUGGACGACAGCCGUCCCCACUGGACCAGGAGAAGCGGCUGGAAGUGCUGCUCGCGUUCUGCGACGCCGUGCGGCGAUCGGGAUCGCAUGAGGUGCUGCUUCAAGCCUUCACGAUGUCCAAGGCCGCAAUGGGGGACUGGGUGGUGGGGAAAUGCGCCUUGUUGAUGUACGAGUCCAAGUGCGAGCCCAUUGUUCAACGAACGAGUGGACUGCAGCCAAGGUGGGUCGAACUCUGGGACGAAGUGCUGCAGCAUCGCAGCCACGAGGUGUGUGCGUGGCAGAGCUGCAUCUCCGAGUGCCUUCGCGUGGGAGGAACCGUCGAAGAGACCCGCGGGUACUUCAAGCGCGGCGUGGCGGCAGCGACCGACUACCCGGUGGUGCUGGCCGAAGCGUGGGUGGUGUUUGAGCGGGAACUGGGCGAUCACGUCCAGUUCUGGAUCGAAGCCAAGCGGCACUACGCACUGCUCCUUCGCCAGUACUACGUGUCAGAGGUUAGUUCCUCCGACAAGUCGGAGAGCAGGAAGAGACUCUUGGCGGCGGAAGAUGGAUCCAAGACUGGGAAGAAAGAAGUACUGGACAGGCGACAAGCCGAGUACAAGAAGCAGCGCCUCUCGGACGACACCAACAAAACUGUGUUUCUGUGUGAACUGGACAAGGCCAUUACAAAAGACGACCUGCUCGACCUGUUUGCGUCGUGUGGACACGUGACGGACGUGCGCAUGCUACUGCGAAAUCGAGAAAGCCAAGCGUCCAGAGGCAUGGCCUACGUUGAAUUUGAUUCAGAGGCGGGGGCCGAAUGUGCGUUGAAGCUGGACAAGCAACCGUUCCACGGCACUCCACUGAACAUCAAGCCAUCCCACCCGCCCACCAAGUCUGGUGUUGCAUAUUGCAUGAUGGCACUGACUAGUCUCAUGCAGGAAGCCGCCGGUGGUCAAGGACGGUGUAUGGAAGACCAACGGGUCUACCAUUUACGUGAGUGGAUUCGGCGAUGCGACGUCGGAAUCGUCGCUCCUCUCUGCAUUUGCAAAGUUUGGAAAUGCCAAGUCGGCCAUGAUCUUGGGGCGAAAGCAAAAGAAAAACAUAUAUGGCCUCGUCGAGUUUACCCCCGAGGACAACGUGGACGCCAUAUUGCAGAUGCUUGGCAGUACCAAUGUCCAUGUGGACGGCGCCAAGGUGCUAGUAAAGCGGGCGCGGUUCAGCGUCGUGGAAAUGCUAGAGCAGCAGGCCAAAACCAAAUCCACCCAGAAACAGCACAAGAACAAACCGGACCAGCCCAGAGCUGCCCUGCCAGAGUCCGACACUACUAUGCACAAGAAACCAAGACUGGCGUUUUCAAUGGUGCCACGAAGCCUCAAAGCCCCGAAAGUGAACCAACCAUUCCGAGAUGAUGGGCAAAGUGGUGGCACUCGUCCGGUGGUGGUGGCGGCGCCACGUCAUGAAGUCGACCCAAGUACACACAUGAAAUCCAACGACGAGUUUCGCAAACUGUACAAGUAGUUUAGCGUUUAAAUACUUGAGAGUUUCAAAAAUGCAAGUGUUUCGGCGUGCGUUGGCAUGGUCGCUCCAUCUCGUUGCACGCAAAGCGCGCUGCUGGCUGCCGCGUACCGCAAACUCUGCGCGACAGUGGCGUUCUGGGCGAGCUGGGCAGCGAACGCUCCUCGAAAGCAGUCGCCGGCGCCUGUCGUGUCGCGCACGGGGACGUCGAACGACGGCUGGACAUGCACGCUGCCGUCCUUGGCGAUCAAGACGGAGCCGUCGCUUCCGCGAGUGACGAGCACGGCCAUGUCGCCGCGGCGCUGCAGCGUUCGGGCGGCGUCCAGCACAGCGUCGAGGGUGUCGAGGGCGUGCGGUGAGUGGACGCAGCGUCGAAGCUCCGUUUCGUUGGGGCACACAUAGUCCACCAGUCGGAGGAACUCGUCGUCCACGUCGCGCUCUUCGCCGCCCAAGUCCCACAACACAGUCGUGCCGACCGCUUUGGCGUGUUCUGCGAUCAAGCGGUUCACGGACGCUGGGAUUUCACACUGCAGUAGCACGACCGAGGCGUCACUGACGCUUUGCUGCAUCUGUGGCGACAGUGCCGCCGGCCACACUGCAUUCGCUCCAGGUAAGAUCACAAUCGAGUUGUCACCGGAGGGGACCAAGAAGAUGAUCGCUUGCCCGGACACCGUUUGGGUAUGAACUGUACUGGACGCGUCAAUGGUGACGUCGGCCCCAGCCAGGUAUUCUUGCAUUAGCUUGGCAUGAUCGUAGCCAAACUGGCACAUGAAACUCGUGUCUACGUUGGAGCGCCGUGCCGCCACAGCUUGGUUCGCUCCCUUCCCGCCGACGAGGCAUCGCGAUCCCGUCGCUGCCAGCGUCUCGCCGAGGAGGGGAAUGCGAGGGACAUCCAAGAAGAUGUCCGCGUUGAUGGACCCCACGACGAGUACUUUGGGUGUCGUCAUGUGGAACCAAAGAUGAAAUUGCCUACUACUAUUAUUAAUAAUAGUACUAACAGUAAAUAGCAAGCAGAUGAGGUCCUG